AGAAUCGUACUUCGCCAUAGAGCUUGUAUACAAAGAAUGAAUUAAGUAUCUUGUGUUAUAUAGCACACAAGAAGCACAAGAACAUAUGUAAGCACAAUUGGAGCACUGCUUAAAUAUAUAUUUACGUUGUCAGUUUAUUUCAUAGAGAUUAAAAUUACGCGAGGUCUUUGAAGCUGAUGGUAGUGUAAAAACAGCAAUUUUUUCAAAGCAUGAAAAUCAGUUCAUGCUCCACGGUAUAUGUGCUACGAACCAUUGGUUAAAGUUCAUAGUCGAUCGUCACUCCUGUUCAGAAGUCUUGUACACUCGAGGAUCAUGGUUAAGUUCCUGGGUCAAAAUGAAGCGAUCAACAUUGAUCAAGAGUUGUUCAACGAAUAUAAAUUCAGCGUGGACCAGUUAAUGGAACUUGCUGGUUUAAGCUGUGCUGUGGCGAUCGCAAAGUGUUAUCCAAUAUCUGACCUAAGAGACAGUAACAUUCUUGUAUUCUGUGGGCCCGGAAAUAAUGGGGGCGAUGGACUUGUUUGUGCUAGGCAUCUUAAGCUGUUUGGAUAUUGCCCCUCCGUAUACUAUCCGAAGCGUACGGAGAAACCUCUUUAUCAAAAUUUAACUACACAGUGCCAGGCAAUGGCAGUACCAUUCUUGGAAGACGCUCCAACUGCAGAAGCACUGAACAAAAAUUAUUCACUCCUAGUGGAUGCUUUAUUUGGGUUUAGUUUCAGGCCUCCUAUGAGGGAAGAAUUUGUGUCUGUUGUGGAUGCAAUAAAGAAGAGUGGAGUACCUCUUUGCAGUGUUGACAUACCAAGUGGAUGGGAUGUAGAAGAUGGCGCUCCUGAAUCGGGAGGCCUAGAGCCAGAUUUGCUUAUCUCUCUUACAGCUCCCAAGAAAUGUGCUGAAAAGUUUAGAGGAAGGUUUCAUUAUCUUGGGGGACGUUUUGUUCCCCCUGCUUUGGAAAAGAAAUAUGAUCUUAAACUCCCGAAAUAUCCAGGCACAGAAGUAUGUGUAAAACUCUAAUGGAUUAUGUAUGAUACAGUGCAUUAGGGUAAACCUAUACAGAAUAAAUGCAGCAAUACAGGGUAAUGCUUGUAAAGAAUGUAAUGAUUUAUACUUAAAAUAGGGUUGUAUACUUAAAUAUUUCAGAAUCAUGGGGAUAUGUUGCAUUAUGAACUGAAAAAUUUAAAGUUCUAUAAUCUGUAAUGUGUUAGGAAGUUGUCAUUGUACCAGGGCUUGAAUGUUGCUUAUAAAAUAAAAUAUGUUAGUGGUGGUAGAUGUUGAA